GAGGUGAGCCGAGCUGCACGCGCAGAGAUCAACCACAUCCAUUUCGACACCAGCAUGACUGACAAAGAUCACCAACGCCCAUGAAGAGCCAGUAGGAAAUGAGUGGUGUAGAGAGAGGAGCCUGCUGCUGAGAGAGAGAGAGAGAGAGAGAGAGAGAGAGAGGAGAAUCCCCAUAGCGCCACACUGCCAGCAUCGUCCUGUCUGUCCUCCUGUCGCAUCGCCCUUUGCGAGAUUUUACCCAGCCUUUUCUACAAGUCUUCCCUUCUCUUCUACGUUUUUUUAUUCCUUCCUUUUUUUUAAAAGCUCGAAAUGGCAACGCGGAUCGACAAAGAGGGUUGCAGGGACGCAUACAACCUGGUCCGGGAUGAUAACACAGAUAUAAACUGGGCAUCCUUUAAGUAUGAAGGGUCAACAAUUGUGCCAGCAGGACAUGGGACCGAUUAUGAAGAAUUCAAAAGCCAGUGUACAGACGACGCCCGUCUGUUUGGUUUCGUGAGGAUCACAACAGGAGAUGCCAUGAGCAAACGGGCCAAGUUCACCCUCAUCACCUGGAUCGGGGAGAAUGUGAGUGGACUGCAGAGGGCUAAGAUUAGCACAGACAAAACACUGGUGAAAGACGUCUGUCAGAACUUUGCUAAAGAGUUCAUGGUGAGCGAUAUUCGGGAACUGGAAGAAGACUACAUCCGUAAUGAGCUGAAGAAGGCUGGUGGUGCCAACUACGAUGCUCAGGCAGAAUAGAUUCUAGCAGGGUGCGCACAAAGGAAUGGGGUGGGGGGUCAUCCAAACUGGGUGAAAGUGUAGGGGAAACUUUUCAUCUCACACUCUCCUCAAACACCUAUACACAGACACAUACAUGCACACACACACACACACACACACACACACACACACAUACACAUACACACACACACACACACACACACACACACUUCUGUCUUUCUUCCGAUGUGGUCAUGAUUGGUUUAUCUGCUGUACUGUGCAUCAUCUCACACUCAUCUCGAGUGCAGACCUUGUUUUUGUGUUUAGUAUAACAACUAUAACUGGAGUUUGAGUCAAAGAGGCUCCUUUUGUUCUUGAUUGGACCUGACAAUGUUACAUCCUCAAGUAGUGAAGUUUCUUUCAACUCAUUGGUUUCUUCCACUUUAUUUCUUUUAUUGUUCUUCCUUAUCUAAAUACAGACCACUGUGUUUACGGCCUUAAUCUCCCAUGGAGAGAGGUGCAUCACUGGAUGUAUGCGUUUGUGUGUAUGUGUAUGAGUCUGUGUGUUUGCAGACACUGCACUGUGACUCACUCGGCUCCAGGUGAUUAUUGGCAUUUCAGACACCUUAUUGCCCCAGAAAGCAGUUUCAUUGUGCAGGCUGUGGUGUUGUUGCUCAACUUGACUGUGGAGCAGCCAUUGCUCUGGUGUAACCUUUCUUUUAGUCAUUUAAAUUGAAAUAAAGUCAAUUUUUAUUUUUAUUUUUUUCAUUUAAAAAAAUUAUUCAGCGAUUUCUUUUUUUGAAAAUGGAAGAUGUCAACAACGAAAGAAAACAUGUCCUGUGCACAAACAAUAUGAUUCAUUUCAGAAUAAAAGGUUUUUUUUUUUUUUAUCAAA